AUGUUGAAAAGGCGUCACACCGCAAGGUUAACAAGGAACAGAGGUUUCACAAAAAAUCAACAAGAUAAACAGAAAUUUGAACACAGCAUUUGGCAACCAGUACAAAAAGAGAGUAGAUUUUUAUCUUUGUUCACUGUGGUAACUUUUCCUAACGGCGGUUGCGCCGGCGCAUCAGGUGACAAUGGCACUUGUAUGACAGCUCGCGAAUGUUCCUCGAGAGGGGGUUCGGCAAAUGGAUACUGCGCAAAUGGAUUUGGUCUUUGCUGUAUUUUUAUGACGUCAUGCGGCAGUAGCACCUCAGAAAACGGCACAUACUUCGUCAACGCCGGGUAUCCUUCGCCAUAUGAUGGUAUAGGUUCUUGUGAACUCACAAUCAUCAAGUCGCAUCCCGAAGUAUGUCAGAUAAGAUUAGAUUUCAAUCGUUUCACAAUUGCUGGACCCGAACCAAUGAACAACGUUUGCAAUCAGGACCAAUUCAUGGUAUCAGGUGGAAAUCCAGUACCUGCAAUUUGUGGAGUCAAUCAGGGAUCUCACAUGUACAUUGAUGCUGGUAUUGGGACUACUAAUCCAGUGAAGUUAACGUUCGUCACAAGUGGCAACUCACUCGAGAGAAUCUGGAAAGUCAAAGUGACACAAAUACCUUGUAACACUAUAUAUAAAGCCGACGAAGGCUGCCUUCAGUACUACACAGGUGUGUCCGGACAACUACGUUCCUUCAACUACGACCCCGCUUCGGGACUGCAGCUGAGCAACCAAGACUAUGGCAUCUGCGUUCGAACGGAGAGAAACUUUUGCGGCAUUCAGUACACAGCCUGCCCUGAUCCAGUCAACAAUCGUUCGCGCGCAUUCACCCUUAGCGGCAACAGUAACACACCAGUUAACUCCAUGAUCGGAUCAGGGGCUGGGCCAAACAAUUGCGCCAAUGAUUGGUUACUAGUCCCAUGCGCUGCCAACGUUGGCCGAUUACAGCCAGCACAGGCCUUAUGCACAGACAGAAUUUGCGGUGGAACUUUCUCUGCUGAUCUUUCAAUGCAAUCAGCGACUGUCCUAAGUACAGUAAAGCCCUUUCGUCUCUGGUUCCACACGGACGGAGUAGAAGCUCCCGUUGAUGUUGGUAACAGAGGAUUCUGUUUGAACUAUAUUCAGCAGCCCUGCACUAAUAAUGUUAUUUGA